CACAGAGCUCAGUCUGACAAGGUGUAUGAAACGUAACGCAAGCGGAGAGUUCGGGCUUCGGUUACGCCGCCAACGACUUUAUCAUGCCGGUUAUUGAGUGUGACAUUACUUGAUCGGAAUCAACCGGCAUGUCUCAUCAUCACGAUUGCGACAACAAUCUCAAUGUGCUGAUCAUUGAUAUAAAUGGACAAGUGGCUUUAUUCAGAGAUCUACUAAUUCACAUUGGACAGACAAGGGAUUGUCCUGAAUUACGAGAGAAGAUCAGAAAAUUACGGCGAAGUUGCGUUGAAGCCUGCAAGCAUACCAGCCAAUUAAUUCUGCCCCAACUACGCAGCGCCGUCGCGGAGGGAAUUCCAGCCGACAACCCGCAUCUUGUUCUCCUCUUCUUCAUGUCGCAAUUAUUCCUUCGUGAACUCACCAAGUGCCACCGACUAGUUCAAAUCAUUCCCAUGGAUAUGUCCGGAUAUUAUGAAAACAGAGCCGGGCCUUCGAACUUGGGGAACGUCAUAAGUCAAAUUCUUUUAUGUAAACAAAUAACACCAGACUUCAAUCAAGAAGAACUGUGCAGUAUUUCGAAAGAUUCUCAAGAAAUCGCGAAGCUUCUGAAGGAAAUGCAAGAGUACAUGCCUAAACAAGAAAACAAUUUGGAGAAAUCAGUUGCUUUAACAGAGGACCUUACAAGUCAGUGGACCAAUAAACGUCGAAGAAAUUCCUUAUAUAAGAAUAUGGGAUUACUAUGUUGUGUUCGUCGUCCCAACUACCUAUGACUAUUUGACGAAGACGUAACACUUAUUUAUAGGAACCACAGCUUCGUAUCAAAACAUUGGUUUGGUCAAUUGCUAAACGCAAUGCCUUCUUCCACUUUUAUAAACCGACAUACUCCCAAGUACAAUUAUUUGCAAUAAAAAUCCCAAAUAGCUAUGGCUAUGACCCCUCUCAAAACACCCACCCACUUAUCUGCACCCUACUUGUGCCAAUUUUUGCUCAAACAUUUAAUAGAACAUUUUUUUGACACCACACACUCAAUUAAUCACAAAUGGGCAAAAAUUUGUACCCUUGAAAACUAUGGCAUCGCUGUCCCGAAUUAUGAUAUUUUCUCUAACAAACGUUAACAGGCUUAUGAAAUGUCUUAAUUCGAAAGAGAGAUGUAUUUUAUGCUGUCUUCGUUCUAUGAUGGUCACAUUUAUUAGUGCAAGUGUUAAAAUUCUGAAACUUUAAAAACGUUUAAAUGUACAUAUAUAGUUUUGAUAUUAAAUAAAUAAUAAAGAAACCUCUCAAUAUACAGGGUGUUUGCAACAAUUGUACAAAACCUUAUCAAAAGAAGCGCAAAUCGCAUCAAACAUUGGUUGUGAUAUAAAUUUGGCUCAAAACCUUUAAGCUACGGUAAUUUAUAAACACCUUGUGUGUUUAGAUGUCUCUGAAAACUGUACGUAAUCCUGUAAGUUAAAGAAUUGUGUUAAAAUGUCCGAGUAAAAUUUACUAUAACAUAUUGAGCAUCUAGUCCAUAUACGUCCUUGCUGUGUUCAGAAAUACUAUAUUUGUUGAUGAUAAUAAUUACCGUUGUAGUAGAUGUUUUGUAUAUAAUGUUGGGGCUUGAAAAUUUGUUGCAGUGAUAGCUGUGAUCAUCAUAGUAAAACUUCUGAUCUCUGCCGUCAUAUUCUCUUGAUUUCGAUUCUGAAUACAUAUUGUAGUAUUGUAGAAAUAAGAAACUGGUUUAAUGUAUAAUAUUGUAUAGCGAAAAUGCCAAAAUCUGUUUAUUGUGAUUUAAAAAGGUUUAGGGUAAAGAAAUUCAUGUGGUUUAUUUUUUUAGCCGCUGGUUUGGAUUAUAUAUUUGUUAUAAACGAUUUAUUAUCACUGACGGAUAGAUAAGUAUUUUUGCAAGUUUAAUGUUCAUCAAAUUCGAGUUUUAUCUUAGGCCUAACACCAUUGCAUUUUUAUUGUUAAACGUAAUACGAAAAAACAAUGAUGGAAAUGCGAAACUUUGACAAAUUUUAUGGACAGUGAGUCCAGUGUGAAUAACAUUUAAGCGUGUCAACUAGUACUUUAGGGCUUUAUAUGACAAAUAAUUUUUUUUAUAGUGUCAUAGUGGCCUAGUCACAUGUGUAACCAUCUUGAUGUUCUUUGUAAAUUGAAUUUAGGAUAAAGUUAAGCCAAAUUAAUAUGAUGGCCAAAGUACCAAUUGCAUUCUUUUGUAUCGUAUUGUAAUCUAAACCACGAAGUUAAUCGUUAAUUAGGAACAGGAAAGAAAAUUAACUCGAAUUAAUCGGAUCCAGACAAAUGUUGAAUUAGGACGAUGGGUUAGUUAUUCAUGGAUCCAUGGAUGUUAAUCUUGUUAAAAAUAUACCAAAAAUGCCUGGAGUUCGCAAGUUGUGAAACUUUUAUUUUCCGCAGUAGUCUAGUGUGCCUUUACAUUCCAAUUGUGUUUUUUUUGAGUUUGGUGUAUUUUUAACAUACUACUGAUCUCGAUAAGUACUUAUAAUGUUAUGAUCUUCCGACAACGUUAGACAUACUAGUGGAGUUAAUAUGUUAUCGUAGUGACGGCGGUUUUUCGCACGCACAUUUAACAAAUUGGCACGUAUAUAUGCUACUAUGAAUCACUUUAAUCCGUCGUCAUUACCACAUUUAAGACCCGGGGUAUUACAGCGAUCAAAUUAAUAACGAAGUAAUUCAAGUUUGAUCUUGGUCAAGUGCUCUAAUUAUUUACUGACCAAUUAUUACCCAAGCGAUUUCAACCGGAGUUUAAGCAGCAUUAUCUUGUGUGAGAAUAUAAGCACUCAUAUUCACCAAACAGUGAAAACAGGACAAAACGUAGUAUAACUCAGGAAGCAUAAUCAAAAGAUAUUUUUGGCUUCAGUUAUAUUCAAAACGGUGAAUAUGAAUGUCGUCUCAGUAAAAUGAUCAAAAAGUAAAAACACUAAAGUGAAUUCUCAUUAUACACCAAUUUAAAAAACGUACAUAUUUUAUCACUAUACAUUAAUUAAUCGUUGUGAUUCAUUGUUGUCUGUCGGUGUUAGUUAUAGGAAUUAUAGCAUAUUUAUAUACCUAAGUAUUAACUCUAGAAUCUGUGAUAUAGGUGGAAAUAUAACAAAUUCCGUCAAUUUAUAAUUAUUAUCUAACCAUAUAUAUUGAGGCGUAUAGUUUACAAUAUUUCUUAUAUAACUCACUUAUUUCCGUAAGUCUAGUCAAGCACUUCGUAUGAAUCGUUUAUUAUUAAAAACCAAUGUGAAAUGUCAAUACUUUAAUAUUGUGAUCAAUAAAGUUUAUUACAACUUAAAA